AUACCCUCCCGCCAAUAACGAGUGAUAGUUUGAGAAAAGGUUGGGGUGGGAUUUUUCUUCAUAGAUUAUGAAUCUUUAAUCUUCUCUUCAGCUGCGGCACCCCAGACAUCCAUUAUGACGUGUUUGACAUAAAUUCAUGUAAAAACAUAAUUUAUUUUUUUAUCUACACAACUGCAAAGGGGAGCAAUUGCUUUUAUUUGCAUCGCCAUUUCAUAUGUGGUGGUGAAGCGCAUCAGUUCCAGAGCUAGAGUUUGCAGACUGUACCGUCUGUGUGCUUUGUGGGUGGGGGUGGAGAUCCUCCUCCUAAAAACAGUCAUCACCAAGCAGCUUCACUCCAUGCAGCACCUUCGAUGAUCCAAAAUCGAGGAUAGAUCACUUAAUUUUUGCAUAUGUCAUUUUUGUUUUUGUUUUGUUCAAACCUAUACAGCAACUUACUGGAGUUUUUAAUAUUUUAGGGGUUUUUUUCAUGUUUUUCUAGCCAACAUAACAGAAAGAUGAGUCAGGCUGAGCAGGUGCCUGAGGACAUGCCCGCAUGCCACACAGAUGAGACAGCAGCUUCAGACAGCAAUAAGGACCACCCACAGACGCAACCAGGCAUGUUCGGCCGAUUGGCGGGGGGGUUGUACGGAGCCACGAAAGCAACGGUUGGCGGCGUGACAUGGAUAGGAGGAAAGAGCCUGGACCUCACUAAGACAGCAGUCUGCACUGUGGCAGCCGUGCCUGCAAUGGGGGUGGGGCUGGUGAAGGGGGGAGUGUGUGCUGUGGCGGGCGGAGUGACAGCCGUCGGGUCUGCAGUCGUCAACAAAGUUCCACUAGGAGGCAGCAAAAAGAAAGACAAGUCUGACUGACAUGGAGCAGAGCAGAAUGAACACACUGCUAAGUUUCUGCAGCUCACACUCCCGUUUAUGUUUUUGCAUUCCUAAGCAGGAGAAAAGAAGCAGAGGACUUCAAAUUUCAAUAUGCAAUUUUUUCUUUUUUUUUUUUUGUUGGUUUUAGGUUGUUUUUUUAUGUUGUUAUAGACAUUCACAUUUGUUCAUACAUUUUUCAAUACUUGUAUGUAGAAAUAAAGCAAUACAGCAUAUAAGAGCUGGGUUGUCAUCGACAGAAGCAAACAUUAGGAGAAAAUGGCAGGCGAGAAUAUUUAACUUUUUGUUCCAUGACAAUCAGUGAUGAUCUGUGCCUUACAAUCAGUUCUUAUUUUGGACUUAAAAAAACACACACUGUCAAAUAACAAAUACCUGGGAACUCUCUAGACACGAUUCUUCAUGAUAAAUGAUCCGAUAUAUCUAGUGCUGUAUGUGGAAAUGAACGUUCUGAGUAAUAUUGACUAUUUCUGGGCUGGUUGACUUUAUUAAACUUGAAGGUUUUCUGUGUCUUCCAUUUCAAUUAGCAUGCUCUUCAUAUGUGGUAAAUCCUUCUUGUGCUAAUCUUUACACCUUAGUAGAAGAUCCCUGCUUCAAAUAUUUAACUAUUAUUGUGGAGAUUAUGAUUUGAAACAUUUUUUUGUAAUUGAAAUAUUUCUUGUAUGCAUUAGAUCUUGAAAAAUAAAA